AGAGUCUCUUCUUAUAAAUAGCAGACAACAAAGAGAAACCAACUUGCUAAAACUAUCCCUCUCUCUCACUCUCUUUACUAUAAUCCUGCAUUCAAGAAUUCGUUCUUUCGUUUCCAAGUGCAGAAAACCUGAGAAUGAAUAUAUCGAAUUCUGAAUGCAGCAGCGGAUGUGAGUCAGGAUGGACUAUGUACUUGGAUCAACUUUCCAAUUCGACGAAUCAUUACAACAGGGCUGGGGAUGUCUAUGAUGAUCAAGAUGAUGAAAACCUGUCUAUGGUGUCUGAUGCAUCUUCAGGGCCUCCACAAUUUGAAGACAACUGUGAAAACUAUGCGUCCGAUGAACAGAAAAAGAAUGGCAAUCAUAAAAAGAAAAUGACACAGAAAAGAGGAAAGCAACAAAGUUUGUAUCUUGAUGAUACUGCUAGCUCCCCUAUGUUUCGAUUCUCCAAGGAUAAUGUAGCUUAUUCUCAUAUUCACACUUCAUUGGAACAUGUUCCUGGUUUCUCACAAGGCCCUUCCGUACCAGAUUUUGGGGGUGACUCAAUUACAAAGAAACAUUUUGGUUUCUUCAAAUCAUCAGCUGAAAGGAAAAAAGCAUCUGGAAAAUUGAGUGAGCAAUUUUCCAGGAAAAAAGAAGCAGUAACAAGUGGAAAGAGUAGAUUCUCAGCUGCUGCAAUAUGUUAGAAAGAGAAAAAUAAUGGGGGAAGUAAAGGAAAUAUGGCAUCAUAAUUCAGAAUAUGAUGUUUGUAUCUCUUUUAUUUGUUUAUUCAAUGUUUCCAACUGUUAUUUAUUCCUGUCCAUGUAGUAGGGAACAACCUAAGAACAAAAAAUGUUAAAAAAUAAAAUUAUUAGAAUUUCUUUCUUCGUCAAUUGUCGUUUACAUUGUUCAUCUAUUGAUGUUCAUAAAUGAAAAGAGCAAGAUGGAACAA